GUUAAGACCCAAAUCUCAACAGCGGAAGUGUGGAAUGAGUUCAUCUUGAAGAUUUGUUUAAUUCAUAUAAAGGUUAUCACCCUGUUGGAAGAUGAACAGCCUCUCUCCAGAGGUGGCACUGAGCCGGAUCUCUCCUGAACUGCGGCCUUUACUCUGUAGUGUUGUACGCAAUGGACGGGUUGGUUUGGACUCCUCUAAUUGUCUCCGUAUCACUGAUCUCAAGAGUGGCUGCACAUCAUUGAUGCCUGGUCCUUGCUGUGACAGAUUUAAACUCCAUAUUCCAUAUGCUGGAGAGACUCUUAAAUGGGACAUCAUAUUUAAUGCCAGAGACCCAGAGCUGCCCCCUGACUUUAUCUUCGGAGAAGACGCUGACUUCCUGCCAGAACCAUCAGAACUCCCACACUUGGUGUCAUGGGAUGCUGGUAAACCUGAGUGUCUCUUGCAGCUGGUGAAAGAGCUGUUGCAGCAGUACCAUCAGUACCAGUGCCAACGGCUUCGUGACAGUUCUCGCCUUCUCUUCGAGUAUGACAGCCUGCUGGAGGACCCCAAUUACGGCCGCAGUAUGGAGGUCUAUGCUGGCCGCAAAAACAGCUGGACUGGAGAGUUCUCUGCUCGAUUCCUUCUCAAACUCCCAGUGGAUUUCAGUAACAUCCCCAUCUAUCUUCUCAAGGACACAGCGCUGGAUCCAGGAGAGGAUGUGGCCCUUCUGUCAGUUAGCUUUGAAGAUGCUGAAGCCACACAGGUUUUCCCUAAACUCUACCUAUCUCCCAGCAUUGAACAUGCGCUCGGAGGGUCUUCGGCAUUGCAUAUCCCAGCAUUCCCCAGUGGAGGCUGCCUCAUUGACUACGUGCCUCAAGUGUGCCAGUUACUCACAAACAAGGUGCAGUAUGUGAUCCAAGGAUAUCACAAGAGGAGAGAAUACAUUGCUGCUUUUCUCAGCCACUUUGGAAUGGGGGUGGUAGAGUAUGAUGCUGUUGGGUUUACCAAACUCACCCUUUUGCUUAUGUGGAAAGACUUCUGCUUCCUGGUCCAUGUGGACCUACCUUUGUACUUCCCCCGAGAUCAGCCCACCCUCACAUUUCAGUCUAUCUAUCACUUCACCAGUAGCGGGCAGCUGUACUCUCAGGUGCAGAAGUCUUACCCCUACAGCCCACGCUGGGAUGGCAACGAGAUGGCCAAACGAGCCAAGGCUUACUUCAAGAGCUUUAUUCCUCAGUUCCAGGAGGGGGCUUUUGCCAACGGAAAGCUGUAGAUUCACAGUGUGAAUGUGGAGGGCAUUGACAUACUGUUAGAGUUAAACAGGGGUUUAUGAACAAGAGGCACAGGAGACCAUUGUGACAGCAUGUACCCAGAGUCUGUCUGUUUAGUGGAAAACCUGUGACUCACAGGUCUAAUGUCAACUGGUCUUCUGCAAUGUUUUAGCCCUCUUGAACUCAUAAGCAAAGUGACUUGGCACACUUAAAUGUUCUGCAUGUACUAGUCAUUUUUCAUAUUUUUUUUACUUACAAGCUACUUUAUUUGUCUUUGCCUGUUGUCAUUAUAAAGAGAUUACAACAAUAAACCAAAUUUAUUUACCAAGAAAAAUUCAGUUAGUUGAGUUCAUCUGUGCACUGAAGGAUUUAACAAACAAAUGUGCAUGUAUGUAUGUGUGUGAAGCUUUUUUUACAGGUUGUAAAAGAGAAACACAUUAUUAUUAAUGUGCAAGUGUGUUUGUUAAGGGAGUGUACUCAUGAAUGGGACGUGUGGGGGAAAACGUAUACAGCUGCGGGAGAGAGAGAAGAGCGAGAGAGGGAUUGCUCGCUUGUUUUCAUCAUCAAGCACAAGGGUCAUUGUCAGGGGUCUGUUUUGCCCUGGGGGUCUGCCCUCUUCUAUAUUUAUUGUUAGUAAUGUAGGAGCUGUCAUGUCUUAUUGGGAACUACUGGAUGAAUGUAUCUGGGGCAUUUAAUAGAAUCAAGUCUCUUAAUAAAAGAAUUAAA